UUGAGCCUGCGAUUGAGCCCGCACCUUCCCUUCCCUCCUACCUCUACCAUAAAUUCCACUUCCAGCAAAACUAACGGGAUUCCACCUUUCGUAAAAUACCCCGUUAAAACCUUUUCUCUCAGAGAAAUAUGUCGAGAAGGGAAGCUCAGAGAAGCCUUCAGAUCAUUUGGCAACGACUUGACAAGCCCAGGCCAUUCUUAUAAACCUCCAGAUGAGGCCUACUCCUUAAUUCUUGAGCUUUGUGCAGCCCAAAAAGCAUUGUCACAAGGCCAGCAAAUUCACGGCCACGUUUUAAAAUCAAAGUCCGUUGCUGAUGCAGUAUUUCUAGAUACUAAGCUUGUCUUCAUGUAUGGGAAAUGUGGGUCGUUGUUGGAUGCCAGGAAGGUGUUUGAUGAAAUGCUUGAGUUGAAUAUUUUUGCUUGGAAUGCCAUGAUUGGUGCUUGUGUUGGAAAUGAUCGACCUUUGGGAGCGUUGGAAUUGUACAAGGAAAUGCGGAUGUUGGAUUUUCCUCUCGAUGCACAUACUUUUCCUUCUUUAUUCAAGGCUUGUGCUGCGGUUGAAGAUCUGUGUAGCGGCUGUGAAAUUCAUGGACUAACGAUCAAAUUGGGAUUUUUGUCCAAUGCCUUUGUGGUUAAUUCACUUGUGGGCAUGUACUCUAAGUGUGAUGAUAUCCCUGCAGCAUACCAAUUGUUCAGUAGAACGAGCGUGAGAGAGGAUGUUGUGGCAUGGAAUUCUUUGAUUUCAGCGUAUGCAGCGAGUGGGAUGAGUACAGAAGGUUUGGGGUUAUUUGAAGAAAUGCUAUAUGCUGGUGUAACUCCUAGCAGUUAUACAUUUGUGCCUGUUCUUCAGGCCUGUGAAGAGCCUGCACUUGGGAAAUUGGGCAGAGGAAUUCAUGCUAUUGUUCUAAAAUCAGGUCGUCAUCUUGAGACACAUGUUGCCAACUCUUUGGUUGUUAUGUAUGCAAAAAACAAUAGUAUGGAUGAGGCUGCGAGAGUUUUCAGUGAGAUGAAGGAAAAAGAUAAUAUUUCAUGGAAUUCAAUGCUGUCAGGUUAUGUACAGAAUGGAUUGUAUGAAGAUGCUCUCUGUGUUUUUUCUGAGAUGAAAAUUUUGGUUCAGAAACCCGACCAGAUUUCACUGGUAAGUAUGCUUGCAGCCUCUGGAAGAUUGAGAAAUCUGUCGCAUGGAAUGCAAAUUCAUGCUUUUUCUUUGAAAAACAAAAUGGAUAAUGAUUUGCUGGUUGGAAACACCCUUGUGGACAUGUACGCAAAGUGCGGCAGGACAGAUUACAUGCACUUUGUUUUUGAUAGGAUGCCUUAUAAAGAUUCUGUUACUUGGACGACAGCAAUUUCUGGUUGUGCUCGGAACAAUCUUCCCAUGAAGUCUUUGCAACUGUUUCGAGAAAUAAACGUGGAAAAGAUGGAGGUUGACAUGUUAAUGAUUGGAAGCAUUCUCCUUGCUUGUAGUGAUUUAAAGUGCCAUUCUCUUGUGAAAGAAAUUCAUGCUUAUUUCAUGAGAAGAGGCCUAUAUGAUCUAGUCACAGAGAAUACGCUUGUUAAAGUUUAUGGGGACUGCAAAAACAUCAAUUAUGCUUGUAAGGUUUUCAAACUAAUCGAAUUUAAGAAUGUUGUGUCCUUCACGAGCAUGAUGUCUUCUUAUGUCGAUAAUGGAUUGGCAAGUGAGGCUCUUGAACUAGUACCUCGUAUGAAAGAAAACAAAAUUGAACUAGAUUGUGUUGCAACACUGAGUAUCCUGUCUGCUGCUGCAGAUUUAUCGGCAUUGAGGAAAGGAAAAGAGAUUCAUGGCUUCCUACUCAGGAAUGGGUUUAUUAUUGAAGGUCCUGUCGCCAGCUCUCUUGUGGACAUGUAUGCUUGCUGUGGGAUUGUGGAUGACUCAUAUAAGGUUUUCAGUAGUACCCUGAAUAAAGACUUGCCUAUAUGGACGAGCAUGAUCAGUGCAUACGGAAAGCAUGGUUAUGGUAAGGUGGCCAUUGAUUUGUUUAGGAGGUUGGAAAGUGAAAAUCUAGUUCCUGAUCACAUUACUUUCUUAGCUGUUCUUUAUGCAUGUAGUCAUUCCGCUUUGGUGGAAGAGGGCAAAAAAGUUUUUGAAUCAAUGCAAGAAGAAUACAAAUUGAAGCCAUGGCCAGAACACUACACUUGCAUGGUUGAUAUGCUUGCCCGUGCAAAUUACCUAGAAGAAGCAUUUCAUUUUGUGACGAUGAUGAAAGCGGAGCCUACAGCCGCUGUUUGGUGUGCUCUCCUCGGUGCUUGCCGUGUUCACUCAAACGAAAAAAUUAGAGAAAUUGCUGCUAGUAAACUUAUGGAACUAGAUCCAGUGAAUCCGGGAAAUUAUGUGCUGGUAUCCAAUGCAUAUGCUGCGACAGAGAGAUGGGAAGAUGUGGAGGAAGUGAGAUCGAAGAUGAAAGGAAAAGAGUUGAAGAAAGAUCCUGCAUGUAGUUGGAUAGAGGUUGGGAAUAAGUUCCACGUGUUCGUUGCCCAUGAUAGAUCUCAUCCAGAGUCUGACGAGAUUAAGCAAAAUUUGGAUCAGAUCACUGAAAAAUUGGUAAAAGGAGGAGGAUAUGUGCCUCAAACUAAAUAUGUUUUACACAAUGUAGAGGAGGAAGAAAAAGUAAAGUUACUAACUGGACAUAGUGAACGGCUGGCUAUAUCAUAUGGGCUACUCAACACAACAUAUGGUACCCCGAUACGAAUCACCAAGAAUCUUCGGGUCUGUGGUGAUUGCCAUAACUUCACCAAGCUAACUUCAAAGUACCUUAAACGAGAAAUCAUUGUACGGGACGCCAACAGAUUUCAUCAUUUCAGGGACGGAGUUUGUUCUUGUGGAGAUUUCUGGUGAGACUCUCUCAAACCACACUGAAGUUAUCAGAAAUCAGAUGAUGAUGAUGAAUGUGCUACUGGGUAUGAUAGCCUGGGCCAGUGUCAAAAUCCCGCUCAUCCAAGUUCCCAUCUGCUGUAUUUUUAUGUCGGACCGAACUUAUUUACAUCCCGGUUUCUAAGAACUCAGUCUAUGUUUAUGAUAAGAACACUAGGAAGCGCCGUAGUGUAACUCUGACAUUUUCUUCAGAAAAACGAGAUAAAAGAAAAACAGAAACCUCUACAUUUGUCAA